CGCAUAUCUAGAUGUUACAAUGGAAACGUUAAUUGCCGUUUUGCUCAAGACGGCGUGGAGUGUUUUUGCAGGCCGUGCGGAGGACGGUCAACGUUCUAGGGCUGGGCGUGUCAAAGAUGCAUGCCAUGACGAGUUCAGGUUACGAAGAGCUCCAUCUUCUGCGCCAAGCCAGUGAGAGCGUCACCGGCUCUGACGCGUGUGUGGCUCGUAGCGAUGAUUGUCUACGAGCACUGCGGAGGAGCUCGAGGCCGGUGGGAUGUCUGGCGGGAAUUGGCCUGCUCGCAGCCGGCGUGCUCACAUGGACGCGAGGCAGCCAUGGCCGUGUGGGCGCGCGUGAUCUGGCACGGCACGGCCAGUUCGUUUCUCGGCAAGAGCUGCUGGACGCCUCGCAAGAUUUCCGGUGCAAGGACACGCCAGGUUGGGCCGACGGAUGGUCCGCGUGCGCGUACGACCACGAGUAUGGGAAGAACAGCUCCCGUUGCGCGCUCACACCUGGCGCCGAGUGGCCCUCUGCCAGAGGGUGGACUUGCGAACACUACAGGAACAUGGGUUGGUGCAGUAAAGGCCAGCCCAUUGCUCAUCACGUGCCUGCUCUCAACGCUCCGGCAUUGCAAUACCCAGGACAGCAUUGCUGCGCCUGCGGCGGUGGGAACAUCAGUACGGAGUGUCCAGUCGAUACUGGCGACCCGUGCGUUUAUGGUGGUGCUCAGACUUGCCUCAAUUGGCGUGGUCCUACCAAGUGUUUCCGAGGGAGGUGUAUAUGCAAACCAGGCUAUUGCCUUGGCGCCGCAGGCACUUGCCAGCUAACAGUUCGAACCCUGGACCCAGAGCAACAACCACAAUGUGCAAGGCAAACAAAAAGUUUGUGCAUAGGCAUCCUGCCCACACCAGUUUCGAUUUUGAGGGGCACUGCCACGUGCAAUCGUGCACUGAACAGGGCCGUCUGCAAGCCUGGGAUGUGCAGCGACUCGGAGAAUUUCUGUUUCCAGGGGAUGGGCCUGGUGACCGCAGAGGUCGUGCCAGUCAACGAAGACAGCCCUUCCUUCCCAGGGCCACAUGGCGAGGUCAAAACCGCCCUCUGUCUCAGCGGAGGGGGAUCCCGUGCUGCAGCCAUGGCGAUCGGGUUUCUGCGAUCGCUGCGUGACCAAGGGCUGCUGGGAAAGUUUGACGCGCUGAGCUCGGUUUCAGGGGGCACCUGGGCUUCGUCACUCUUCAUGUUCGCGAAGGAAGAUCUCUCGACACUCUUGGGGGAUUCCACGACGCCUGCUAGCCUCAGCCUUACUGAACUCGACCGGCUGCAAGCGACUGCUCUCGCGGUAUUAUCAAAUUCAACGACCAGAAUCACCAACAAAUUGACCCUUGCGGGGAUCCCAGAGGAGCGUAUGUGGGUAGAGGCCACUUCAACUGCAUUUUUAGAAAGCUUUGGGCUUGGUGAUCUGGAUUCUUUCAUGGCCUCUGACGGGACUCAGGUUGCAAGCAUUAAGGCAAGAAACCCACAGUACGCGAACUCGACUUUCCACGUGCCACAGCCAGGACGCCCGAAAGUCUUUGUCAUGGGCGGCUCUGUUCUAGCACCAGCUCGGUUUGAGAUGUCGAACGAGAACACAGUAUCGUUGCAGAUGUCUCCAGAUUAUGUUGGCUGGCCGUUCUAUCCCAACAACGCGCCGGUACGGUCUUUCAAGCGCUCGGCGUUCUUGACCUCGGGUGAGGUCCCCAGCUUGGGCGAUAACGACGUUCUGCUCGGCGGAGGCCUCAUCGAGAGUUUCGCCUUCGGCAGCACAGCCCCUCUCCCCGAAGAGCAGGCAGGAGGCCCAGAGGUGACGCUGCAGGCGCCACUCACGCCCUUCAGCCUCGCCCGCGCCGUGGGCAUCAGCAGCGCAGCCUUUGGCGGCGCCCUGUCCCAGAUCGGCCUGCUCGGCGAGUCGUUCGACCCCAUGUCCAGCAUGUGGCCAGUGGGCUCGACUGCGCACAACACCUCACAGAGGGCCAUGACCUUCCAGCUGGGAGACGGGGCGAUGACCGACAACAGCGGGCUCUUAGCCAUGCUGCAGCGCGGAGCCUCGAAGAUUGUAAUGGUUGUCGCGUCAUCCUCUAAGCUGGAUGCCAAAACGGACUGGUGCGGCAUUUCCCCCUCGGACUCCAAGCUUGCAGAAAAGAUCGACCAGACAUUGGCAGGCAAGUUCGGUUUCGCAUACUGGAGCAACGACUUCAUGUUCGCCAUCAAAAACGACAAAGUCUUCGCCUCAGAAGGGCUGCAGCCGAUCGUAUGUGAAAUGCAGCAGCUGAAGCAGAAGGGAAGGCCCCAGAACAUUCGGCGGCAGCUGAAGGGAUCUGCGGAUUCUGUUCGUGAUGUUAGACGAGGUGACAGACUUCAGCGAUCAGCUUCCCGACGACACGAAAAAGGCCUUGAAGCAGGGCUUGGCUGGUGGCCUGCUUAACUUCCCGAUCUUUUCGACCAUCCUGCAAAAUGCAGGCGAGCUGACCGAAUACAGGCCCCGCCAGGCGAACCUCCUAGCGGCGCAGGUGGAGUACCAGGCCCGUGAGGCGUCCGCGAACCUCACGGACUUGCUAGGCUGAGUGGCCCCUGUCGCAGGAGGAGGAGGAAGAGGAGGAGGAGAGGUCCUCGAGAAUCGGCUUCUGGAAGGGCCGUAUUUUGAUUUGCCCUGGUCAGAGUUUCUCGGCAGCCUCGCGCCUCAGGGCAUGACAUAUUCCAAGUCGGGCGUCAAUGUUGCGUCUGCCAUAACAGUCCAGCACGGCUCUCAGGCUCGUUCUGUUUGGCUCAGCUGUUCGCCAGGCCCGUCGGCGUAAACGAAAAUGCAUACUCUGGGCCACGUGCGUGCUUUUCUAUGCUGGAUUGGCCUGUGUUGCUUUUCUGUGUUGGAUUGGCCUUUGCUGGGGUCUGAGCAAUCUCACUUUUCAGAGAUGCUCGUGCGAAGUCUGUCUCACCCUGCCCGUAGGGCUCUGAAACAUGUGAACAUCUCGCGCUCAGCCCCGAACCGAGCGCGGACACACAGAUGCAAGUGCGACGGUGCGCCGACAAAAGAACCCCAUAUUGCUCGGGUUUCUUGUGCAUGGUUCCUGCUUUGAGGUGCCUCCCUUCUUUCUUUCGCGACCUUCGGGCAUGACAGUCUGACAUACAAUCGGCGUCUACCGUUCAACGCUCCCUCU